AUGUCCGCCGCAGCCGCAGAACCAACCUCAUCCGAGGCACCGGCCUCGACCCCGGCCUCGACCCCCGCCCCGGGACCUCCCGCCGCAACCCCUCUCCCCGCCCUUCCAAAGUCGCCGGUACACCAAAGCCCGAUCCCUGCCACCCCCGCCGGUGCCGCCCCUGAUCGCUCUCGUCCCUCCCCAGACUUCAAGCUUCCCAAACUCCGUCUCGAGAUCCGGGACCUCAACGACCCGGCAGCGGUCCACUUCCUCUCCGCCGUGAACGCUAGCAACGCCCUCACCACCGCCGUCCGCUCCGUCUUGACCCUGCUUUACGAGUCCCCCUCAUGCCACACCACCCACGUCCCUUCAACCCGUUCCGUCACCCUCAUCCUCCGCCACAUGGGCGGCGUCGCCUACACUACGGGCUCGGACCUCGACGACGACCACAAGGAGAUCCACUUCUCCAUGUCCUACAUCGCAGGCAUCCCCGCCGAGCGCCGCACCGACGAGAUCAUGGGCGUCCUAACCCAUGAGAUGGUCCACUGCUUCCAGUACAACGCCCACGGCACCUGCCCCGGCGGGCUCAUCGAGGGCAUCGCCGACUGGGUCCGUCUCAACGCACACCUGAGCCCGCCUCAUUGGAAGCGUGAUGCGAGUGGUAACUGGGACGGCGGGUACCAGCACACCGGCUACUUUCUCGACUACCUUGAAGGCCGCUUCGGCGCUGGUACGGUGAGGAGAGUAAAUGAGAAGCUCCGCACUCAGCAAUAUAGAGAGAAGGAGUUCUGGACAGAGCUGCUGGGUAGGCCUGUUGAGCAGCUUUGGAAGGAUUACGGGGAGAAGAUGAAGGAUGAUGAGGCAGUCAUUGUCAACAAGGAUGACAUUUCCGACGACGAUGUCAGACUGGGCAGGAUUAGGGCUGCUGAUGAAAACCUUGUUCCCAUGUAA